AUGACCUCACAACGCUUUACCUUUGUCAAUGUCUCUGCUCCUCAAGAUGCAAGCUCCGAGGGAAACAAAAAACGUAUCCGUUCUGCCGCUGCAGCAUCCGGUUGGGCUCAGGGUGUUCGACCCAAGCUCCAUCCUCACAAGCCCCCCAACACCUCGGAAAACCCUCGAUAUUCCUAUCCUGUUGACCUGAAGGGCUUGUUCGAACCAUCAGAGGAAUCUGAAUCUUCACACGGCCCUGCUUCGAUCGACGGACGGAAACCUCUUACCACCUCGGAAACGGAACCUGCUUCAAGUCACUUCUCAGAUCGCAAGUUCAUCUGGGAGACGACCUCGGCCAGGAAAUCCUCUACCGCCAAAUCCGGCGCAACAGAGCUAGAUGGCCAAUUACGAUCCAACAUUAAGAGGAAGAGGACUCCUCGUAGCAGUCAGACUUCAAGUUCUCGUAGACGAGCACCUGUAACCUCGUCUUCGGCUUCAACCUCAUCGCAAUCACUUGUCGCAAGCCCUGCCACGGCUGUUUCAACAUGGAUCUCGUCCAUACAAACACCUGACGAUAGUCAGAUUACAACAAACUCGACACUUCCGACCCCUCACGACUUGGGCAGCGGCAUUCGUGAUGCCUUCAACUGCUAUCCCGUGCACAGCCAGCUUUGGUACGAUAGGAUAUUACAUCACAUGAUGACCGUAUUUGCUCCACGCGGCUGGGACUCUUUGCAUAUCAGUAAGAAAGAAGGACUUAAAUGGGAACGAUUCAUGACCCAACACGCCCUCGCAGAUCCUGCUCUGUUCAAUGUUCGACUACUUUUCGCAUCCGGCGAUCUGAUAAACCUCAAGGUCUUACCGCCCGAAACAGCACUCUGGUUAAGAGACCAGGCAAUCAGGUCCAUCAAUGAGGCUCUCGACGACCCUGUUCGUGCUAUCAGCGAUCCUGUCAUUCUGGCCGUUGGUCGUAUCGCCCUCCACGAAUCAAUGUAUGGCGACAGGGGAGCUGCCAAUCUGAUACAUCGCCCCGCCCAACAUCGUAUGAUAACGAUGAGAGGCGGCAUGAGUGCUCUGGAAUUUCCCGAGCUUGUCAAAAGAUUGAUGAGGUGGGCUGAUAGGGUCAUGUCAUUACAGUCUGACACACCCCGGUUUUUACCCGAUGAUGAUCGGUCUUUCUCGGUCGACCAGAGUGUUGAGGUUCUGGAGAAGUGGGUGCCGCAGGAAGGUCUCUCGCUACGAACGAAAGUGAGAACAUAG